UGAACAUCAACUGCAAUUAAAAUAAACUCGUGAAUCGAUUGUCAUGUUGUGCAACUAAGUCAGUUGAUGAACACAGCAAAAAAGAAGAAAAAGAAGAUGUUAUAGUUAUGACUCAUUGUUAACCGGUUAUAACCAAGAGAAUGGUGGAUUUUUAUUAUAUUUUAUAUUAUAGUAUCCGUUGUGAUAUACAGUGUGCUUACGUGUUAUAUUGUUGUUAUAUAAUUAAUCAUAAGCAUAAAAACAUUAACUUCUAUGAUGGAUGCACCAGUGAUCAAAGAACACCUUGAAACAAAACAGAAUGCACUUAAAUUUGAUAACACUCCAUCAGUAAUUAAAACUGCAAAACCACCUGAACCAUCAUCAACUUAUAACAAUAGCUGUGUAAAUGCAGUAGCUGCUUUGAAUUCUAUGCAAAAUGGAUUAAAAUAUAAAUUGGUUGACCAAGGGGGUUCCAGUAGUGGAACAUUCAGUAUGUGUGUUUGUUUUAAUGGUAAAUACUAUUAUGGAAUAGGACACUCUAAACGUGAAGCUAAACAUAACACAGCUCGAAAAGUAUUGGAAUCUAUUCAGUUUUUCAAAAAUGAGACAAAGCUGAAUAUCCAUAAAUCUGAUAAUACAAGCCCUGCAAUUAAAACUGUAAAAUCACCAGAAACAUCAACUUGUGACAAUAGUUAUCCAAAUGGUGUAGCUGUCCUGAAUUCUAUACAAAAUGGAUUACAAUAUAAAUUGGUUGACCAAGGGGGUUCCAACCCAGCAAUUAAAACUGUAAAAUUACCCGAACAAUCAACUUGUGACACAACUUAUCCAAAUGCUGUAGCUGUCCUGAAUUCUAUACAAAAUGGGUUACAAUAUAAAUUGGUUGACCAAGGGAGUUCCAGUAGUGGACCAUUUUUCAGUAUGUCUGUUUGUUUUAAUGGUAAAGACUAUUAUGGAAGUGGACCCUCGAAACAAGAAGCUAAGCAUAACACAGCUCGAAAAGUAUUGGAAUCUAUUGCAUUUUUCAAAAAUGAGACAAUGCUGAAUAUCCAUAAAUCUGAUAAUACCAACCCUGCAAUUAAAACUGUAAAAUCACCAGAUCCAAAUCCUGUAGCUGUCCUAAAUUCUAUACAAAAUGGAUUACAAUAUGAAUUGGUUGGCGAGUGGGGUCCUAGUCAUGAACGAUUUUUCAAAAUGUGUGUUCAUUUUAAUGGUGAAGAUUAUUAUGGGAUUGGUAAUUCAAAACUUGAAGCUAAACAAAACACAGCUCGAAGAGCAUUGAAAUCCAUUCAGUUUUUCAAAAAGGAGACAAUGCAGAAUAUCCCUAAAACUGAUAAUACCAACCCAGCAAUUAAAACUGUAAAAUCACCAGAAAAAUCAACUUGUGACACUAGUGAUCCAAAUCCUGUACCUGUCCUGAAUUCUAUACAAAAUGGAUUACAAUAUAAUUUGGUGGACCAAGGGAACCAUUCUGUACAGGAAUCUAAUGGAAACGUAGUAGAAAGAUCACUAAAACCAGUUUCAGUGGCAGCUUUACAGACUAAUUUAAAUCCAGCAGCACAUUUGAACAGGAAUCAGAAUAAGCCAGAAUAUAAGUCGAAUGAACAUUUCAAUUCAUAUGAAUGUAGUGAAGUAAUUCAUUGGAAUAAUUCUGAACAUCCAGUUUCAGUUUUAAACAACCUAAGAAAUGGAUUGGAAUAUAAAUUUGUAGUAUGUGGUUCCUCUGACAAACCGUUUUUUAAAUGUGUUGUAGAAUUUAAUAGUUCAUAUUAUUACGGAACAGGGAAUUCUAAAAAAGAAGCAAAGUACAAUGCUGCUGUACGUGUUCUAACAUCAACACAGUCUCCAACCAGUUCUGUAAUAAAUUCACCACCAAAUGGUAACCAGAAUGGCCUAGAAAAAAAUCCAAUAUCAGUAUUAAAUGAAAUAAAAAAUGGAAAUCUGAUUUAUAAUGUUAUUGAAGAUCAUCCUCUGUUUAAGAUUGGUGUUGAAGUAGAUGGUGUACAGUAUUGUGGGACUGGAACAUCCAAAAAAUCUGCAAAAUAUGAAGCUGCAGCAACAGCUUUAAAAAAUAUUUCCACUUCGGAUGUUACAAAUACAAACAUAAAAAACAAAUUGUUGAAAAAGUCUUCAGUUAUUUUAACAUCAAUACAGUCUCCAACCAGUUCUGUAAUAAAUUCACCACCAAAUGGUAACCAGAAUGGUCUAGAAAAAAAUCCAAUAUCAGUAUUAAAUGAAAUAAAAAAUGGAAAUCUGAUUUAUAAUGUUAUUGAAGAUCAUCCUCUGUUUAAGAUUUGUGUUGAAGUAGAUGGUGUACGGUAUUAUGGCAGUGGCACAUCAAAACAAUCUGCAAAAUAUGAAGCUGCAGCAACAGCAUUAAAAAAUAUUUCCAUUUCGGAUGUUACAACUACAGAGAUAAAAAACAAAUUAUUUAAUAAGCCUUCAGUUAUUUUGGGUGCAUUAUAUCCUUCUGCCAAUUUCACAUGUACUGAGAAUUCCAGUGAUCCUUAUGAUAGGUUUGAAGUUUCGGUAAACAUUAAUGGCAAUACUUUCCUAGGAAGUGGAAGCAAUAAGAGCUCGGCAACAGAAGCAGCUGCCACUGUUGCUUUGAGAAAGCUGAAAAAUUAUAAUGGUGGUGAUAUACUUAGCUUUUCCCCAAAUGAUGUAAAAGAUCAACAUUUAGCAGAUACUAUUGGAAACCUGGUGAAAGCAAAGUUUAAAAAUUUGAUGUCAAAUGAUGAGAUCCAUUCGAAACGUAAAGUUCUUGCAGGCAUUGUGAUGACGAGAGAUUCGGAUAUUUCAACUGCUGAAGUAAUAUGUGUGACAACUGGCACAAAGUGCAUCUCUGGAAAGAAUAUAUGCUUAAACGGAACCGCACUCAACGAUAUGCAUGCAGAAAUUUUAUCCCGAAGAUGUUUGCUUUUCUACUUUUAUGACCAGCUAGAACUGCUACUCUCUGGUAGUACUAGUGAAAAAUCGAUAUUUGAACCAAAGAUUUGCGGAAAUGGUUAUCGGAUAAAAGAAGGAAUUGAGUUUCAUUUAUAUACGAGCAAAUCUCCUUGUGGCGAUGCCACUAUUUAUAACAACGGAGUAUCAAAUCCGGCAACCUGUGGUCUACUAAGAAAUAAGUUAGAAUCUGGUGAAGGUACAAUACCUGUUAAGGAUUCCAUCACUCAAACUUGGGAUGGAAUUAAACAGGGUGAACCUUUGAAGACUAUGUCCUGUUCUGAUAAAAUUUGCAAGUGGAACGUCAUGGGACUGCAAGGAUCUCUAUUACUUCAUUUUAUUGAUCCCGUGUAUUUAAGCUCAGUGGUAGUGGGCAGCGAAAUGAAUAAAACGCAUAUAAGUAGAGCUCUUUACGGAAGGGUUGAAGAUAUAUCAGAUGACUUACCUUCACCAUUUCGCAUAAAUAAACCAGAUAUGCUAAUGGUAACAUCUACUGAAGUACGCAUACCAAAAAAUGCUCCAGAUUUUUCUGUGAUAUGGUUUUUAGGCAUUAAAGAACCUGAAGUAGUGAUAUGUAAUACGGGUAAACCAACGCAAAGUAUUUCUAAGAUUUGUAAACAUAUUUUAGCUACCAGAUAUGCCUUAUUAUCUGGACAAUUGUCCGGCAUUUCAAAGAAACAAAAUUUACCCUUGACUGUAGCCCACGCUAAAGAAUGUGUUCUUAAUUAUUCGGCUGUGAAAAAACUAUUUUUUAAAGCUUUUCAAAAAGCUGGUUUAGGGUAUUGGAUAUCUAAACCUGUGGAACAAAACAUGUUCAAUAUUUUUCCUACUUUUUAAAAUAUAAUAAUAUCUUAUAUUAUUAUAUAGCAUUAAAAUGUAAGCAUAUAUUUUUCUACAUUUUUUAAGUUUUUUUAUAAAAGUUUAUGACAGAAAUAAACCUUGUUUUUACAGUC